AAUGCUUUGAUGAAACACGACUUUUAAUAAAACGAAACUAGUUUUGUUCGGGCAAUAUAUCAGGAAAAAUGGUUGAUGUUCAGUUCGUUUUAGUCGGAUCAAGUGGUUCCGGGAAGUCUGCCUUCGUCAACGCCGUAAGAGGAAUCGACAAAGAAGAUAAAGGAGCAAGCCCUGUCAAUAUUGUCGAAAUAGAGGAAGAACCACAUGACUACAUCGACUCAAUUAAUCCUCGAGUGAGCUACCACGAUUUGCCUGGUUAUGGAACAACAAACUAUUCCCAGCUUGAACUGUAUUGGACGAAAUUCAAUCUUGAAAAAUUUGAUAGAUUUCUUAUUUUUACUUCACUCAGAAUUACAAAUCUUGAUGCGGAAAUGAUAAAGAAAGUCAAGUCGGCCAAAAAGUCAUUCUUAAUUAUUCGCACCAAAAUCGAUAGCGAUUAUGUGUUGGAGAAAAAUAAAAAGCAGUUCGAUAAUGAAAAAUUCUUGAAGGAAAUCCGGGAUUAUAUAUCUAAAGAGAUGAAAUUGUCAUCUCCCGAAAAUAUAUUUCUUAUCAGUAACUAUGAACCACACAACUGGGAUUUCUUUCGAUUAAUAGCGGCUUUAGAGGUGUUGCCUGUCCAUGGAAUGGAUGUAUGGCGUGAAUUUUUCCUAAACAAUAACAUCAAGACCGCAGACCCUUUCCAAGAUGACGGGAUCGAAUCUGCACAGCGGUUAAUUAAAAAACUUGAUGAGUGGAAAGAAGUUAAAAUAAAUGUCGGUGUUGUCGGAAAGAGUGGUAGUGGCAAAUCGACUCUCAUAAACCGUAUUAGAGGAAUCGAGGAUACCGAUGAGCUGUUUGGAGCAGAAACGGGAGUAACCGAAACAACAACGAUCCCAGCUCAGUAUACCGAUCCCAAUAACCCGAAUAUCAUAUAUUGGGAUUGUCCAGGCAUCGGUUCACGCGUCCUUCCUAAUGUCGACACCUACUGCGAAAAAGUCGGUAUUGAAAAAUUCGACGUAUUCAUCAUUGUGAAUACUGAGCGGUUUGAGCCGAUAAUUGGGAGUUUAGCAAAAAAGUUAAAGUCGACUAAGAAGCCUUUCCUUUUUGCUCGCGCAAAAAUUGACAACGAUUUAGAAAAUGCAAGAAGAAAAUCAGCGUUCGAUGAAGUGAAAGAAUUGGAAACAAUUAAGCGCUAUUGUGCUGAUAAAUUAAAUGCAGCAGAAGCGAAAACGGAUGACAAAGAUAUUUUUCUGAUCGAUAAUCACAAACCGGAAAAAUGGGAUUUCACCCGCCUUAAAACAGCAAUCGAGGAUGGAUUUCCGUCUAUUGUGCGAAAGAGCUUUCUUUUGUUCAUUUUAACGUACUUUGAAGAAGGUUUAAAAAGAAAAAUUAAAGAAUUCAAGGGUCAAAUAUGGUCGGAAACAUUACUUCUCACGUAUAAUGUGGGUGCAUUGGUCCAACGCAGUCUAAAUUAUUAUUCCAGUCUCAUUAUUAGAAAGACGGAAUUCUUCAGAUCUCAACUUGGCUUUCCGGAAAAAGAUUCCGAACAAUUUCAAGAAAUGUCGCCUGCGCAUAAAGAAGCGAUCAAAAAAUUUUACUUUGAGCCUGAUUCAGACGUAGAAUCCUGGUUGCGAUCGUUCAAUGCUGAUUGUGAAGAUUUGUUGGCGCACGUUAACAAAGCACCUUAUAAAUUUGUAUUUUGUAUACUGCAAAUCAUUUUAGACGAAAUGGAAAAGAUUGCCUUGAAGAUCUUAAAAGAAGGACUAGAUCCAAAAGCAAUGGACUGAAGGAAACUUAUUACUAGCUAUAUUCUCAACACAGACAUUCAGAUUACACAAGUUCUGAAUAUCAUACACAUUCUGAAAUAAUGUUUCAUUAUAUUAACUUUAAGAUUUUAGUGUAAAAUAUAAUCCACUUCUUGUAUAACUGGUCCUAGUCAAGUUUGUGUAUCCGCAAAGCUGAAGCCUUGUAUGUAUAUAAUGGCUGCCUCUGAACUAAAAAAUUCCCCAUUUGAUAUUCCUUAAAAAUUGAACUUUUUGCAAUCAAGAGUAGUUACGUGGCCACUAACACUAAACAAUCUUUAAGUGGCACAUUAGAUUUUUGAAUAGACCGCUCACAAUUUUAGAACUCACCAGUGCAACUUAACACGCCUUGUAGUUAGGUCAUAUAUAAUUAUGGUAAAAACAUACAUGUAUUGCUCGUCUCCCCGUAUAGUUCUAGUUACAUAUACACAUCUGAUUGAUUUAA